AUGCUCUCCAUGUUGAAGGCUUUCGCUUUUGUUCUAGCAUUCGCUGGACUUGAACAGGUUUAUGCAGCCUGUGAACCGGAAAUAUCCUUCCCUGUCCCGAAGUAUGGCAGUAGCACGCUGCGCAAUACUUUCGAGACUAUCGAUCGAAAUCUUGAGCAAGCCAUCGCCGCUGGUAAGUUUGACGGAUCAUCUUUCUCGUUGGAGAUCUCCUCCUCGGAGAAGACCCUCCACACCAACUACCACUUCAACAAGUCUCUAGGUGGAUCACCAAUCAAUGGAUCUUCGGUAUACCGAAUUGCUAGUAAUACAAAGGUCUUUACUGCGUUGGCAAUUAUCCGCCUCGAGGCGGUGGGGCAGCUCAGCCUCGAAGACGAAAUCACUGAUUAUAUCCCCGGGUUGCUGCACAACAAGAGCAAAAUUUCCUGGGACGGGAUAACUAUCCGCUCGCUCUUGUCGCAUGCUAGUGGUCUGCCAGACAACUUUGGUGGGGAAGACUUACUUCUUGCACUUGCCGACCCUUCCAUUGUUGGACUGCCACCAAUUGGUGAAUCGCAAACCAAAAGUCUUCCCAAAUGUGGAGCAUAUACGAACUACAAGGUACCUUGCACCGUUGAGGAUUUGAAUGAAAGUCUUCGCCAAUCGAUGCCAGUGUUCGCACCCCAGAAAGAAACAUCCUACAGCAACGUGGGGUUUGAUCUUCUUGGCCAAGUUAUCUCGAAUGUCACCGGUACCAGCUACGAGGACCACAUUACCAAGACCAUUUUGAAUCCCCUCCAGCUUGAACAAAGCUCUUUCGCGGUACCAGAUGCCUUAGUCGCAGCGAGUGCUGGACCGGGUUCCGAUUGGGGUCAUGACUCGGGCUCAGACAACCCUUCAGGCGGCCUCUACAGUUCCUCAUCGGACAUGAUCAAAUUCUUGCGCUGGGUCAUCAACAAUUCCCAGAAAAUAUCUCCAACGCUCAAUUGGCUUCAACCCGCCGCAUGGAGUUCCGGUUCACACUCUUCACUCGGUUAUCCGUGGGAAAUUUUCCGGACCACGGACAUCCUGCCAAACACGAAACGACUGGUUACUUUCUACACCAAGAGUGGCGGCUUAAACAGCUACUACAGUUACAGCAUCAUCAUUCCGCAAUACGAUAUUGUGCUGUUCAUGGCAGUUGCUGGAGAUCUCACUGCAUUGAAUACAAUUUUCACUGAAAUUCUCAAUCCCCUUGUGAUUGCAGCAGAGGCGGAAGCACUAUCCCAACUGAAGGCUUCUUAUGCGGGAGUCUACACUUCAACCGAGAAGACUUUGAACUCGUCAAUUACAUUGACCCAGACCGACCCCCGAGCGCUUUAUGUUACAUCAUGGAUCUCCAACUCGACCGAUGUUCUCGCGGCCCUGAUCCCUCUCGUUGCUGCUAAAGCUGGCACGAGCGGGGAAAUUUAUUUUCAACUUCAGCCAACAUUCGAGACAAGACGGAGAGGCAGUGAGACAGGCGAGAUCUGGCGCUUCAUCAAUGUAAUCGAUGAUUACGAUUCCCCCACGAAUGCUACCACCAUUUGGAAUGACUAUUGUGUGUCCAACGUGGACCCGCUGUCAUAUGGAACAGUUCCUUUGAAUGAGGUUGUCUUUUGGAGAAAUUCUAGCAGUCCUACGUCAAAGGUGUCAGAGCUCACACUUUCUGCUUUCGGGGCGAACUUGCGACGGGAGUGA